AUGGAUAAAGUCACCGAGCGUCUGCCAACCGUUUCGGUCGACACCUCGGCAAUGAUUGAUUUUGAAAAUUUGACUCUGGCAGACGAUACUUACGCCGUUCUCGGAGAUAUAGACAUGCUCAUUGGAGCAUCGCUUUUCUCUCAUCUUUUGUUACACAAUAAGGUCAAGGGCAACUCCUCGCAUACCGCGCCUUACGCACUGGAGACCGUCUUGGGCUACGUCAUCGUUGGUUCCGCUCCUAUCAUGGAUAAUAUUUCGGCAACCUCUUAUUGUUGUAUGGCUGUCGAACCGCUCGAGUCGUUAGUUCGCAAAUUUUGGGAGAUGGAGGAGGUGAACUUUCCACCUAUAGCUAGUCCAGAUGAUAGAUUAUACGAGGAAAUUUACAUCCGCACGACCGUUCGUGUCGUGAUAUAG